GAUCUCUUCUUUAACUAAUCUGACUGGUAAGACUUUGAUCUGAAUGGUUAGUGGCGGGUCGGGAGAUGGGAAAGUCCGAUCGUACGAUGAUUCGUACAAUCGGAUCUUUGCAUCUAUGGCCAGCUUAGGGCUUGUAAGUGCCCUAGGGGGGCAGGAAUUGUUUUGGGCCAAUGGAGAUAUUGUUCCUUUUUUUAAUAAAUCUACAAUAAAUGUUAUUUUUUUUAACCCGUGUGGAAUCUUUCUGAGGGCCUGAUACCCCUCUUUUUGUAUGCUGCUAAUGUAAUUGGCUGACGUUCGUCUAAUUCUUAAUAUUUGGUUGUAAAGUUUUGAAUAAAAAAAACCCUACUAUCCCUGGGGCCAAGGUGUAUUAUUUUGUUUACCCAUUGUUUAAUAUAUGACGCUCAGGCUGUGCAACCCUCCAGUGGGUGGAAAGCAUAUCACAAUUGUAAUGUUCCAAUGGGAUACAGGUAUUUGUAGUGUACCUGCUGGAGGGCGGUUGGUGGGCUGUUUAGGUUAUUUCCUCCUCUGCCAGUCCUCCCUUUUCUCUUACACCAGCCCUGCUAGCAUUAUUGGGCUGACUUGAUGGCAAGUUCAUGGUUUACUCUGCAGCUAAUUAAACUUGGUGCUGAUGCUUUCAUGAAUGUGCUUCCUGUCUAGUGUGGGAAUAAGAUGAAACCAUACAAGGGAAGGGUUAUAGUAGUAUUUUUGUUGCCUGCCUAACAGGCUUACCAUUGUCUGCUGCCUUCCCUGUACCUACUGUACUGGAUGCCCAACAGUCCUCUGCCAACCACAACAGUCUGCCGCCUGCCAAAGAAAUAGCUGUGGCAUAUUUUCUUAUGCAUAGCUUACCAUUCCAAAUGAAUAAAAAUAGGCUUGAUUAUCCACCAUUAAAAUAAUUAGCUUUUGUAGCAUGUUAUAUGAUCACAUUUAACUUAUCUUCCAUCUGGGUCACAAACGACUGAAAAUAUAUUUUAGAAAGUCACACAUAAUAAGCUGGUUCUUGCAUCCCUUGAGAUCUCUUUAAGUCCAUUGCAUAAGUUCUAUAGGAUCUGAUUGGCUGAACAGGCCAAUUCUGUUAACUGAUAUGCAAAUAACCUGGAAGGAAGUUACACACUAACACUUUAGGUUUUUCUGCAGGGUACAUUAGAGAUUUGUUCAGGACUGGCAAAGAGGAGCUGCAGAGUGGAUAAACAGACCAGGUGGUAUUGCAAAACAUUGCAUUUAUAUGAUUGUAAGAAAAGAAAAAAAAAAACAGAAAAAAUAUAUAUUUACAGUAUAAGGUAAAAUUGCCCACAAAGUAAACAAUUCAUAAAUACAUAUCAGCCAAAUUAAGUCAAAUACAGAUACUCAGCAGAAAGGAAGCAGAUUCCCUUGCCACAGAAUAGUAGAAUUAACAUGGAAUCCAACAGAAACCUGUACAUAAAAUCAAGUAAAACAAGUAGUCUAAUAUGAAAGAAUACUUCUCUUUAUCAUUUUUUUUAAAGGUGGAAACUUGCACAACUUGUAGUGAGUGUUCCUAGGAUCAACAAAGACCCGUAUUAAUUUACCUGUUGUAUUAUUUAUUGGUUUGGGUAACCAGAGUAUCACAAACAAGACUGAAGACGCUGAAUGCUAAGGAUGUAGAAUAGUCUGUUCUGUGCUUCAAAUAAAACCUUUAAAAGAAUGAACCGCAACUAGAAAUUAGCUGAAGGCUGACUGUGUUAGGCAGUUAAUAGCUGAUUAUGUUUUCUGCUGCCACCAAGAACUUUGUUAAACAAGUAGGCGAUGGAGGAAGGCUGGUUCCUGUGCCUAGUCUCAGUGAGGCUGACAAAUACCAACCCCUCGGCCUGGUCAUCAAAAAGAAGAAAUGCUUUCUAUCAAGAAAAUUUAAAUAUACCUCAACCCCAUUUACACUGAAAGAUAUUCUAAAUGGAGACAAGGAGAUUUCAGCAGGUGUCAGCUCUUACCAGUUGCUGAAUUAUGAAGAUAAAUCUGACUUAUCAUUGACUGGAAGACAUGGAAAUCAGAUCAGGAAUGAUGUUGGAAUAGAUAUUUAUGGGUCUGAUUCUGUUGCAGUUAAAGCUUCAUUUGGUAUUGUAACCAAACACGAGGCAGAGGUUCCAGCUCUGCUGAAGGAGCUUCUUUCAAGGACAAUUGACCUAGAACACUGGUUAAUUCGUCAAGCAAAAGAAAGUGGCAAAGAGGUGCUCUGUGUGGUCAUGGAGAGUAUCCGGACAACUCGUCAAUGUUCAUUAUCAGUCCAUGCUGGCAUGAGGGGAGAAGCAAUGAGAUUUCAUCUGAUAGAAGAACAAAAUCACAAAGGUCGUGACAAAGCAAUUGUUUUCCCAGCUCAUACAACCAUUGCAUUCAGUGUCUUUGAUCUGUACAUUCAUCUCGAUGGUUACUUUGAACUCUGUGUAUCAACUGCUUCAAAAGGAGGAUUUGAAAAGGAACCAACCAGAUCAUAUUCAUUAAAUGUUCUAAGGAACAAUUUAUAUAGAUCCGGUAUCGUUUUCACUGGGAAAAGGACAAUGGAUGUUAUUGCUAACACAGACCCCUACAUGGAUGACAUCUUUUCAGAUUACUAUGAGAAGGCUGCCAGCAUGACCGAUAUUUCUACCACCUUCAUGCGAGAGGGAGCUCACACCCGAGUUAACCUUCUUAACAACAACAUUCCCAAGGGGCCAUGUGCUCUCUGCGGGAUGGGAAAUUCCAAAAGGGAAACCGUUUAUGGGUGCUUCGAAUGUUCUUUCAAUGGCCAAAAGUAUGUCAGACUGCAUGCUGUACCUUGCUUUGAUCUAUGGCAUAAAAGAAUGAAGUGAGACCCUUCCAUGGACAUGUUGUGCCUACUUAUACAAUCUCAGGUGUACUACAAAUAAAGUUCUUUUUUCUCAUUUAUAAUAUUAGAUGACAUCUGAAUUGUUCCAAAGUAAACUGUUUAAGGUCCAGCUCCAACAGAGUAGUCAUUUAGUAUUAAAGAAGAAACAAACCAUUAAUAAAAAAAACCCUACCCUACAUAGACCCUCCUCCCUCCCCCCCCAGCCUAGCUGCCCCCCCCCCGGGUAAAUGCCCCUAACUCUUUACUUAUCCCUCCAUGCAGAUUCUGUCCAGCAGAGUUCACAGGCGCCAUCGUAUUCUCUUCGGUAAUCUUUGGAAUGGGAAUGGCGAAGCGGCGUAUGCGCCGUUGGAGCACUUUUCUGCUUUGCGACAACUGUGUAUGCGCCGAAACUCAUGAAAAUUGCCGAAGAGCUGGUCUCAUUCCAAAGAUUACUGAAGCGUCUGAAGAUGGCGCCCGUGAACUCCGCUGGACAGAAUCUGCAAGGAGGGGUAAGCAAAGAGGGGUAUUUGCCAGGGGAGCAGAUAGGCUGGGGGAGGUCUAUGUAGGGUAGGGGGCAGGGUUUUUUUUUUUAUUAAGGGUUUGUUUCUCCUUUAAUAGCGAAAAUUAGGAAUUCCAUUCAGUUACUUACCUGGUGCUAUGGCCACUUAGUACAAUGAUUUAAUCUUCAUGCUACAGUGGCUUGCGCCAUUGUUGCUGUUCGACAUCCCACAUGUACCACUGAUUAUACAGCUAAUUGGGUGACAAGGUGGUGCAUAUGGUACAUUUAGGGGCAGAUUUACGAAGGUUCAAAUGGAAAAUUAGAAUUCAAAUUUUUGAAUUUUUUUUGGU